GAGUCAAAAGAAUCAUCUUUCUACUUAGGUCUUGUCAUUCUAGUUAAAGUUGACUUUUAAUCCAACUCCCUCAAGUUUGUAAUCCAAAAUCUCGUCCUAGUCACGAAAGAUGUCGUACGUGUUAAAACUCAAUCUGGAUCACAUACCAAGAAGAUUAUAAUCGUAACUUAUAUCCUGCUCAUAGAGUUAUAACUUUCCAUCGCAACGAACAAAAAAUACAAUAAGACUGACAUUUAUAGACCGUUAAAAGUACGCAGUAAAUGUACUCUAAUAAUCAUGCUGAUGACUCUCCUCUGAGUUCCAAUUAGUUUUGAUUUCUAAAAGUCGUAACGAGACAUGUGAUCGUGGUACAGUAUGGAACAAAAGAGUAGGGAUGGCAAUGGGUCGGGGACGGAUAGUGCAUAUCCGUUACCCUACCCAAAGUAGUUCGGGUUUUAUUCAUACCCAUACCCACAUAUGAAACGGGUAGAAAAUUAAAACCAUGCCCAUACCCGUUCGGGUUUCGGGUAUCCACGGUUAUCCAUGGGUAAUGAUUUCUCUUCAUAACUCCAACUAAUAUAUUAACAUUCACACGUAUUCUCACAUUACGCAAGAGGAAAAGUAUGACAAUAAUUCACUAGAAUGAAGAAAAUUAAUUAAAACAACACAAUUUCAUGAAAAUAUUAUAUUUAUAUGCUAAAUAUAAAAUAUGUUAGAGAAAAAUAAUGACUAUUUCUAGACAAAAUACAUAUGUAUGUGUAUAAUCGGGCGGGUUCGGGUUGGAUACCGAGAAACCCAUGCCUACCCAUUACCCGCAAUAUUCGGGUUCGGAUUUUACCUGUACCUACUAAAUGUCCUUCGGAGUCGGGUUUUACCCUACCCGAUUAGACCGGGUUCGAGCGGAUAUCCACGAUUACGAAUAUUUUUGUCAUCACUACAAAAGAGGAAGAAACCAUGACCCUGGAAGUAACUUGGUUACUUGAGCACUUUUCCCUAUUCUGAAACGUGAAUUUUUUAACUAACCGAAAGGGGAGAAACCAACAUUACUUCCUUAUCUCUUCAUUGUUUACCCCCUUUUCCACCUUUCUUCAGUAAUGGCCAGGGAAAGGUAAAAGAAACAGAGCCCUCAUCCAUGGCGGAUUCACAGCUCGGAGGCAAAAAAUAAAAAAAAAAGGGAAAGAAGAACAAGAGGGCCAAGAAAAGAGAAACAAGGAAACAAGGUAAAGCCGGCAAUCGUCCCAAGAAUCAUUCAUAGUUAAGACAGAACCAGCCCCAAAAGCAAAAUAAAAUAAUUAGUAAUAAAUAAAUAACAAGAAAAUACCAGACUACCACACACGAAUCACGAUCCCUCUCUCUCUCGCCCGCCUCCUUCCUUCCUUCCUCCACCGGCAGCAGCCAGCGACGCCAUUAUCUAUAAUCUGCUCCGUUCCCUUUCUCCCUCUUCUCUCCGAUCUCUCUCUCACAAGGAAUCUUCCACCCCGAAGGCAAGAUUCUCGGGAUUUCGAUUUCGGGAGGCGGAGUGAAACCGAAAUGCCCGGAGGAUUGAGCUAGAUGACUCUCUCAAGUCUCGACUCCCGCCGCCCGCCGCCGAGAGAGGAGGAGGAGACUAGGCGAUGAAUGUAGAACGCGACGGCAGGGGGAACAGCAGAAUCAGCAAGGAAGCCUUCGGCGGCGGCGGCGGCGGUUGCGAAGAUGACGAUGAGGAAGGCGAGCGAUUCUACGAGUCGUUGGAUCGCAUUGCUUCCUCUUCCUGCUCCUGCUCCACUUCCAAUUCCGACUCCGAUCCCGACCCUCCCGUCCCUUCCUUCUCCAGCAAUUCCGCUACUACUAAGUCUCGAUUCGGCUUCUCGUCUUCCAACUACGACGUCUGGAUCUCCGAGCCGUCGUCGGUGUCCGAGCGCCGCCACCGGCUCUUCAGCCAGAUGGGGCUCUCUUCCGAGGAGUCCUCUUCUUCUUCACUGUCCCGCCGCCAGCCCGACGAAAGGUGUGUUGAUUUGAACUUCGAUCAUUUCCCGCCCCGCCGCUGCUUGGCUUCCAGGAAUGCUGGGGUGUCCCGAUCGAAAUCUGACGGUGGUGCGGAUCGCCGGGAUGGUGACAGUGACGGCGGUGACACAACUUGUAAUGAUGAUUUCAAUUCCUGCUCCUCCUUUUCCUCGUGUUCUUCUUAUUCGUCUUUGGUGCCUGUUUAUUCUGCUUCAACUAUUCUUUCCGACGAUUUGAUUGAUGUAAAUAGCUGUAACAACAACAACAACAACAACAAUCACAAUGACAAGAGAGUAGUAGUUGCCAAUGGUAAGAAGAAGAAGAAGAAUGGCUUUGUGGUUGGCGGAGGCGCAAGGAACAUGAAUCAUUGUUCCUCGCAGCCUUCUGAUGUUUCCCCUAGUAAGCCCCCUUCUGGUAAACAAGGUAGGAGUAUGGAUGUGAAUAGGAGUUGGUCCAACACAAGCAUUGCGGAACUCAUGGAGGGAUUGGAUGGUAAUGGGAAUGAGAAUGAUAAUGGAUCGGCUGAGAUAACCCAGGCUUGUACAAUUAAGAAUCUUGAUACCGGGAAAGAGUUUGUUGUUAACGAAGUCAGGGAAGAUGGGGCGUGCAACAGGCUGAAGGAAGUGGGGACUGGGAGGCAGUUGACAAUGGAGGAAUUUGAAAUGACGGUGGGUCAUUCACCAAUCGUGCAAGAGCUAAUGAGGAGGCAGAAUGUUGAGGAUGGUGCUAGGGAAAAUCAUGAUCCUGGUGCCAUUGGAGCUGGAGGGUUGAAGCCGAAGAAGAAGAGCAGUUGGUUCAGAAGUAUAAAAAACGUGGCAAGCAGUGUGAAAGGUCAUAAGGAGAGGAGGAGUAGCGAUGAGAAGGAUACGGGAUCGGAGAGAGGAGGGAGGAGGUCGAGUUCUGCUACAGAUGAUAGCCAGGAUGCUUCAUUUCACGGACCAGAAAGAGUGCGAGUAAAGCAAUAUGGCAAGUCAUUUAAAGAGCUGACUGCGCUUUACAAGACGCAGGAGAUUCAGGGGCAUACUGGCUCAAUUUGGGCUAUUAAGUUUAGUUUGGAUGGUAGAUAUUUGGCAAGUGCAGGUGAGGACUGUGUGAUCCAUGUUUGGCAGGUGGUGGAAACAGAAAGGAAAGGAGAGUUGUUGCUUGAAAAGCCAGAGGAUGCGAACUUUAAUCUCUUAGUAACAGUAAAUGGGUCUCCUGAACCUCUGUUCUUGUCAACUUCUGCUGAUGGUCAUAAUGAAAGGAGGAGAAGAGCGAGGUCAUCUAUAAGCAGGAAAUCUGUGAGCUUGGAACACAUCAUCGUUCCCGAAACUGUGUUUGCACUUUCAGAUAAACCUUUUUGCACAUUUGAAGGGCAUCUUGGUGAUGUCCUCGACUUAUCAUGGUCCAAGUCUCAGCACCUGCUUUCUUCUUCAAUGGACAAAACGGUGCGCCUCUGGCACUUGUCUAGCAAGACUUGUUUGAAGAUAUUCUCACACAGUGACUAUGUUACUUGCAUCCAAUUCAAUCCGGUUGAUGAUAGCUACUUCAUUAGUGGGUCACUAGAUUCAAAGGUUCGCAUAUGGAGUAUUCCCGAUCGUCAAGUUGUUGACUGGAAUGAUGUACAUGAGAUCGUCACUGCAGCUUGCUACACUCCAGAUGGUCAGGGUGCACUUGUUGGUUCGUAUAAGGGAGGCUGUCGGCUCUACAAUACUUCUGAGAAUAAGUUGCAGCAAAAAUCUCAAGUCAAUCUACAAAACAAAAAGAAGAAAUCUCACCUGAAGAAAAUUACUGGGUUCCAGUUUUUGCCGGGAAGCUCAUCUGAAGUGCUCAUCACCUCAGCAGAUUCUCGGAUACGAGUCGUUGAUCGCACUGAUUUGGUUCACAAGUUCAAAGGGUUUCGGAAUACAAACAGUCAAAUCUCAGCCUCCCUCGCAGCAAACGGCAAGUUCGUCGUCUCAGCGAGCGAGGACUCGUACGUCUACGUAUGGAAGCACGAGGCCGAUUCGCGACUGACCAGGAGCAAAGGCGUCACCGUCACACGGUCGUACGAGCAUUUCCACUGCCAAGAUGUCUCUGUAGCCAUCCCUUGGCCCGGAGCAGCCAGCACCGACGACACUUGGGGAGGAGGACACCUAGCAACACAUGGCGGUGAUAUCCAUCUCGACGACAUCCCCACCUCCCUCGCCAACAACCAUCCUCCAACACCCGUGGAGGAACCACCCAGUAGGAGCGACGAUCGCUCCCAGUCAUUGCCUGGUGGCGCCGCUGCCACCACCAGCAGCCCACUGAACGGAAUCAUCUCCAGCGCCACGAACGGUUACUUCUUCGACAGAAUCUCGGCUACAUGGCCGGAAGAGAAGCUGAAUGCAGCUGCUGCUAGAGCUCGGAGCCCUCGAACCAGCGUGGACGUGAGCAACGGGAUGAUCAACCAGAACAUGUCAGCAGCAUACGGGAUGGUGAUUGUUACUGCUGGCCUGAGAGGCGAGAUUCGAACUUACCAGAACUUCGGCCUGCCAGUUCGAAUCUGACGUGGAAGUCAAGGAAGCAACGUACAGUCCGGUGAGGCAGCAGGUGUACAGGGAGGGAGGGGAUUGUUUUGAUGAGAUUUGUGCAGUAAUUUUCAGGCGGGAGGUGGUCGAUUUUUUCAUUUUUUUUUUUUUUUCUGUUCUUCUUGGUGGGUUAUGUCUUUUUGUUUUUGUUACUGGUUUUGGUGCUUGUUGGAAGUUGGAGAUGGGUACAAGAUUUAGGUUAGCCAUUUUCGACUGAGCACAGGAAAAGAAGGUGGAAAUUUAUAGAGUUGUCUUUCGGGGUUAGAAGAGUGGGGAAGAAGAAACAACGUAAAGAAGGAAAAGAAGUCAGGAUGGAAACUACACCGUGAAUUUUUUAGAAACCAAGCCAAAAUUGUUAAGUGUUUGGGGGAAUUUGUAGAGUUGAGUUCAUUACAAAAAUGAACAUUCUUUUUCUGGAAGUGGUGUUAUUGUGUUUCUUGAUAUGGGUGCGUGGGAGCAUAUCGAUAUCGUCAGAUCAUCGACCAUCGUUUACUUUUUGUAAAUAUUACGAGGUGGGAAAAUGUUGUAAAUUGUGAAAGCAAAACAUUAUUACUGUUUAACAGUUAAUACAAGUUGAUACGGAAAUUGUUGUCAAUAAUCUGUUGUAGCUGGUGAAAAAUUAAUGACAAACUAAAUCGUUCCUCGCGUAUUUAACAUGCAACUAGAUUAAUCUAUGUUAUCUUUAUGAUAAAUUUUCGAGAGGAAAACGAAGGAACAAAAGAAAUUAGGUUUAUGUUUUACUUAACAAGGAUACAACUAAUUUUUUUUUCCGCCGGGAGAUUUUUCUAUUAUAUAGUUUGAGCAUGUACGCAAAUGCAUCUUAACUUCUUUGGGCAAAGUUAACAACACAGUUCAAACGAGGAUAUUCGAUAAGAUGUGAUUUGAAUUAAACCACACAACUCCUAUGAAUACACCUUAACUUCUCUGGACAAAAGGUCAACCACACGAUUCAAACGAGUACAUUUGACGAUAUGAUAUUUUAAAUUAAAUCAUACGUACGACUCCUAUGAAGAUUCCUUGCGACUUUUGCCUCCAUGGUGUUAACCUUGACCAUCAUGUUGCCCUCUUGCAAAUGUACUAAUUUAGUCUCCUAAGCUGAAUAAUAUUGUAAAAAUUAU